UUGCCUGAGCUAUCCUCUGCUGCAAAACAUACAGACCGUCUUUUUAGAGAUUUAUUUGAAGACUAUGAGAGGUGGGUUCGUCCUGUGGAGCACCUGAGUGACAAAAUAAAAAUCAAGUUUGGCCUUGCAAUAUCUCAGUUAGUGGAUGUGGAUGAGAAAAACCAGCUAAUGACAACAAACGUCUGGUUGAAACAGGAAUGGAUAGAUGUAAAAUUAAGAUGGAAUCCUGAUGACUAUGGUGGAAUAAAAAUGAUACGUGUCCCUUCAGACUCUCUAUGGAUCCCAGACAUCGUUUUGUUUGAUAAUGCAGAUGGACGUUUUGAAGGGGCCACUACGAAAACAAUUGUCAGGUACAAUGGCACCGUCACUUGGACACAACCAGCAAACUACAAAAGUUCUUGUACUAUAGAUGUCACAUUUUUCCCAUUUGAUCUCCAAAAUUGUUCCAUGAAAUUUGGCUCUUGGACAUACGAUGGAUCCCAGGUUGAUAUAAUCCUAGAGGACCAAGAUGUAGACAGAACAGACUUUUUUGACAAUGGAGAAUGGGAAAUCAUGAGUGCAAUGGGGAGCAAAGGAAACAGAACUGACAGCUGCUGCUGGUACCCAUACAUCACGUACUCCUUUGUCAUUAAGCGGCUGCCUCUCUUUUAUACCUUAUUUCUUAUUAUACCCUGCAUCGGGCUCUCAUUUCUGACUGUGGUUGUCUUCUAUCUCCCUUCAAAUGAAGGUGAAAAGAUCAGCCUGUGCACUUCAGUACUUGUCUCUCUGACUGUCUUCCUUCUGGUUAUUGAAGAGAUCAUACCCUCAUCUUCCAAAGUCAUACCUCUGAUUGGAGAGUACUUGGUGUUUACCAUGAUUUUCGUGACACUAUCCAUUAUGGUGACUGUCUUUGCCAUCAACAUCCACCAUCGCUCUUCCUCAACGCACAAUGCUAUGGCCCCUUGGGUUCGUAAGAUAUUUCUCCACAAGCUUCCCAAACUGCUUUGCAUGAGAAGUCAUGUAGAUAGGUACUUCACUCAGAGAGAAGAAACUGAGGAUGGUGGCGGACCUAAGUCUAGGAACACUUUGGAGGCUGCGCUCGAUUGUAUCCGCUACAUCACGAGGCAUGUCAUGAAGGAGAAUGAUGUCCGUGAGGUUGUUGAAGAUUGGAAAUUCAUAGCGCAAGUUCUUGAUCGGAUGUUCCUGUGGACUUUUCUUCUGGUUUCAGUCAUUGGGACGCUAGGGCUUUUUGUUCCUGUUAUUUAUAAAUGGGCCAAUAUAGUAGUCCCAGUUCACAUCGGAAAUACAGUUAAGUGA